ACCCUGUAUUUAAGUGAUGGUCAUUAUACUAUAGGUACCGUUUACCCUUAACAUGGCUGGUAUAUUGAUUCCGCUUGCUUCCAUGAUAUUACUAUAUUAUUUUCAUUUGCAGAUCUGUGCGAGAUCCACAUCGCUGCAUUUGUCUGCCAGACGAGUUGUUGCACUGAGAUACAUUCUGCUUCCUAAUUCUGCUGUCCGAUCUGUGUCCGUAGUGUGUUGAGCAUCAGUCAGGAUGUACAGCUUCAUGGGAGGAGGCCUUUUUUGUGCCAUCGUGGCCAACAUCCUCUUAGUGGUGUCCACAGCCACUGAUUACUGGAUGCAGUAUCGCCUAUCAGGCAGCUUCGCUCACCAGGGCCUGUGGCGCUACUGCAUGUCGGGAAAGUGCUACAUGCAGACGGACAGCAUCGCAUAUUGGAACGCCACCAGGGCCUUCAUGAUCCUGUCGUCGAUGUCGUGCUUCGCAGGGAUCAUCGCCGGCAUUCUUUCCUUCACCCAUUUCUCUGGAUUUGAGAGAUUCAGUCGUUCCUUUGCUGCAGGGAUCAUGUUUUUCGUUUCGACUCUCUUCGUUUUUCUGGCCAUGGCGAUCUACACAGGGGUAACGGUCAACUUCCUGGGAAGGCGCUUUGGCGACUGGCGCUUCUCCUGGUCCUACAUCCUCGGUUGGGUUGCUCUGCUCAUGAACUUUUUUGCAGGUAUAUUUUACAUGUGUGCUUACAGGAUGCACGAGUGCAGGCGAGUCGCGGGAUCACGCUAGAUGGAUAAAAAAAAGAAGAAGAAUAUUCCAUUCUCAAAAUGAAAUAUAUUGUAAGAUGUUGUUAGUAUAUUGCUAAACAGUAACAGAGAUAUUAUAGUGCAUAUUAAGUGUAUAGAACGGACAAGAAUAAGGUUUUAGCAAGCCUCUUUCCAGGACAAUCAAGUCAUUUACAGACAUCAGUAAAUAGUGCAAAGUCAUUACAAAUUUCAACAACAAUGUUAACAUGAUCAUGAGAAUCAAAGCAUAGUGGAAAUUAAAGUGGUAAAGUAAAAGAUUAGGGCGUGUAGAUUCAAAGGUU